AUGGUUUAUGGGGCGGCCUCUACUAGUGAUGAUUCGGGUCUAAGUGCGGUGGUUAUUGCUAUAAUUGUUAUAGUGUGUGUCCUAGUUCUUCUCGCCGUGAUUAUAAUUGUUGUCUGCUGCAUCAGAAAAAAGAUAAGACAGGACCAAUCUCAAUCACAAAAGACGACGGAGGAAUCAAAUGUUAAACCUGGAAUGAAAGGUACGAAACGACCGAAAUCUUCUAAUGACCUUGAUUCAGCUCGUCUCAUUAAUGAGCAAAAUAAAGCUAAGCUAGCAAAGAAAUUAGCAAAAAAGAAAGAAACUCGUACGAUUGCUGUACAAGCCUCGAUCUGGACAGCGCCGAUAAAAAGGACAACGACAGCCCUUUCGACUGAACCUCUAAGAUCCAACUCUCAAAGCUCCUUGAAAUUUAUCCCGUAUAUCCGUAAACAAGUAGUCAUUGCAAAGCCGCCAGUCGAGAUGAACAACGUGACAAGGUCAAAAACAACGCUGGAACAUAAUAACCACAAUAGCAAACAUCCUACCGUAACAAGAGCUAAGACUACAUUAGAUAAAAAUGAUGGCGUUACAAAACAUGUUCCGAAAUACUUGGUAAAGAAAAAUACAGUAAAUAAUCCGAGACAAAAGAUAUUGAGACACAUGUCUGUAAUCAGUAGACAUUCUACCGAUUAUUAUGCUAAUGAAUUUGAAAGGCGUUUUCCAUUUCCUAAUGAAGGAAAUCCGAAUGAAUAUCACAAUACUUUAGACAUUCCCGAUGAGACUGAAGGAUUUCAAGACACAGAUGUGAACCAGCCUUCGAUAACAGCCCCAAAAGACAACGCACAAAGCAUUAAGAAAGAGAGGGAAGUGGGAUUUCGUGUCGAAAAUUUAAACCAUCGAGAAAAUACAAAGAAUUCCCUACGGUCCCGGCCUUCAACAACUGACGGAGUUUUAGGUGUUAAACUGAAAAACACGCCAGGGUCCAUCCGGAAAACUUAUUCAGAAGGUACAGACCAUUCUAAAUCGAUCUUGAAGUUUAGCUAUAACUCACCCUAUGCUAUGUCUGAAGCACAGAAAAAUUACUCUUUACAGAAAGCUGCCUGGAUACGACAUCAAAUAUCUAAAGACUUACACAAUAAAAAGCAUAUUGAACAAAUGAUAAAACUUGAAGGAGAAAGGGCAUUUGAUAAAUGGGUAAUCAACAAGCGAAAAUCAAUUUCAGUAACUCGCAGAAAAUACUCAAAAACUUCAUUUAAAACGCAUAAAACUGACUCGUCAGUAACGGGUAGUUCUAAAACAGAUGACACAGUAAAGGAAAGUUCUAACGACGCCGUGGAGUCAAUAAAGGAUGGUUUAAACACAGUUGAAUCAGUAAAUAAUAUUUCCAACUCGUGAACACAAACGUAUUUAUCCAUUUUUAUUACAACAAUUGAAAAUUUUAAUGUGUUUUUAAUUGUUACAAGCAUUUUAUUCAAAUUAUAUUAUUUUCCGACUCAGUCUAAGAUAAUUUGGAUAGACAAUGUUGUGAAAUAUGAAUAGUAAUCGAGUGACCAACAGCAUUAAAUCUGAUUCAAAAGAAUGGUGUAGUACUUUGGUGCCGUUGGUAUUUGUAAGAUUUGAGGUUGGUUUUUUUGUGUGUUUUUUUUGUUUUUUUUUUGUUGGU